AUGAUAAUUAUUGGUGUUAAAGGUGUGGGAAACUCGGAUAUACUUAACGAUUAUAUCACUAUUAAAGUAGGAAGAACCAAUGGAAAGUUGACAUUUAGUCCUCAAAAUAUUACAAAUUCUCGUAUAGGAGAUACGGUCGUUUUUGUAUUUACUAAUGGUCCAUUUAAUGUUGUUCAAUCUGAUGGACCAGCUGGAUCUUGUUUUAAAUCCAAGAAAUCAAAUGCUUUCCAAUCAGGAUUAAUGAAUUCAACGAUGACAAAUGCAUCAACGUCAUUAAACACUUACACACUCACACUCAAUCAAACUGGAAUUAUUUAUUAUUUUUGUAGUAUAAAUGAUUUUUGCUACGAAGGAAUGUGGGGAACAAUAAAUGUAAAUAAUAAAAGUUAUUACGAGACAAUUGGUGAAAAAUCAUCUUCCAUCCCAACAGAAAGAGAUGUUGGUAUUUUAGUGGGUGGAUUAAUCGUUGGAAUUAUAUUAAGCGUUUUUGUCGGUUUCCUCUUUUAUAAAAGGUCAUCGUCAUCACCAUCAAAUAUUAUUCAUUCAGAUUAUCAAAAAGUUGAAACACCUUUAGGAAUUGUUGUACAUGAAAAAAUGGAUUUAUUAAAUAAAUUACGAUCAAAAUACUCUAAUGUUGGUAAAUUGAUCACUUUUAGCGAAAAUUUAUAUGUUUUACCUGGAAAUUUCGAUAUGGAAUUCAUCAACAACAACGACGAUAAUAAUGAUCCAAGCUCUCAACCUGGUAGAGAUAAUGAUGAAAAACCUUGGCUUAUUGUAGAAGAUCAUGUGGUAAAAAUUCAUAAUGAUUUUGAUGAUAAAAGUUAUCGUUAUUAUAAUCGAAAUCGUUAUCAAGUUGUUGAUCAUGAAGAAAAUAAGGCAUCUGCACAAUUUCUAAAAAAUAAUCAAAGAAAAAUUUAUGUGCAAACUGGUAUUGAUAGUUGGGGAUUGGAUAGAAUAGAUCAAAGAAACUUACCACUAACAAAAAAUUACUCUUGCAUACUUUCAGGUGGAGAAGGCAUAGAUAUAUAUGUAAUUGACACAGGAAUUGACAUUAACAAUCCAGAAUUCGAAGGUCGAGCAAGAUGGGGUAAAAACACUAUUAGUGAAUCUCCAGAUAAAGACGAGAAUGGUCAUGGAACUUUUGUAGCAGGAAUAAUUGGUAGUAAAACUUACGGUGUUGCAAAACGAGUCAAUUUAGUUGCUGUCAAAUCACUUGAUGCUCAAGGUAUAGGAUCAUUAAGCGAUGUACUUUACGGAUUAGAAUAUGUGCUUCGCGCUCAUCAGUCAAAGAAUAAUAGAACACCAACUAUCACAAAUUUAUCUUUGGGAACAGAAUAUAGUCGAGCUUUGAAUAUUGUAAUCAAUGAUAUUGUUAAUCAAGGAAUUGUUAUGGUGGUAGCAGCUGGAAAUGGCAACAAAUAUGGUAUAGGAAUAGAUGCAUGCAAUACUUCGCCCGCAAGUGCCAGUAGUGUGAUAACAGUCGGUGCAACUGAUAUCAAUGACCAUAUUGCUAAUUUUUCGAAUUAUGGAAGAUGUGUUGAUUUGUUUGCGCCAGGAGACUUCGUAUCAUCCGUUACUUUGACUUUAGAUAAGGACUUUUUGAGAUCGGGUACAUCAUUUUCGACUCCUUAUGUAACAGGUGUUAUAGCAUUAUUAAUAGAUUAUUUUGAAGAUGCUGGUAGUAAAUUAACACCAGAUCUAAUCAAAAGAAAUUUAAAAAUUUUGGCAACUAAGAACGUCAUUGGUGGAUUGGGACAGACUAAUAGUCCAGAUUUACUGGCUUAUUCUCAAGUACAAGAACUGAGAAGCCAUGGUGGUAACAGUGUUGGAAUGUUUUGGUGCGGAUCCGGUAGUAAAAGUUGGUUUUUGUUUAAUUUGAUUGGUAGAUAUAUUUUGAUAGAAUUAGUAAGUUCUCCUUCUUCGCUUAUCCGUUCUCAUGUUCGUUCGUCAUUCGAAACUACUCAAAUAACGGGAUGCUUAAUAAUGUUAGUAAUACCAAUUUAUGGAAUGAUUAAUGAAUCAUGUGUAGAAUUGUUGACAAAUUCAUUAAAGUUAACAACUGGAAUUGCAAAUGUUAAUAUUAAUUUAGAAAAUAAAGAUGCGAUGAUUGCUUACGAUCCAAGUAAAAUUAGCAAAUCUAGUAUAAUUGAAUUAAUCGAAAGUUUUGGGUUAUAUUCUUUAUCUGGAAUUCACGAUGUACUUGUUAGCCUACAGGAUUCAAACGUUAGAAUUGAUUUCGACGAAAAAAUCAUUUCAAUCAAUGAGAUCAUUGAACAAUUACAUAAAACAGACGAAACGAUUAAUUUUUCUGAAGAAACACUAUCGUUAUGCGAUGAUAAUAUUUGUCCUGGGAUUAGUGAAAUUUUCCAGUUACAAAUCAAUGGAAUGAAUUGUCCAUCAUGCGUAAAUGCCAUAGAAAAAUUGUUGAAAUCAAUCAAAGGCGUAAUAUCUAUAAAAAUUUCUUUGCUUUCCGAGAAUGCUUUAAUCGAUUAUGAUCCAAUGAUCGUUUCACCAGAAAGAAUCAUUCAAUCGAUUGAUGAAAUAGGAUUCGAGGCUACAAUAAUACCAAAGAACCGAAAAGAUUUACUUGAAAUCAAAAUAUUCGGAAUUCAAGCCGAAUUAGCAAUAGAAGUCCUGGAAAACGAAUUGAAAAAAAUUUCUUCGAUAACAGAUGUUGAAAUUGAUCACAACACGAAAAUCGCAAAAAUACAUUUUGAUAGUCAAUAUAUUGGUGUGCGUGAUAUUUGUGAAUUAAUUGAAGGUUUUGGUUUUAAAACUUUAGUUCCUAAUACAAUGAAACUUCAGAAAUUGGAUUUUUUAUCUCGUAAAAAAGAAACUCUAGAAUGGCGUAACGCCUUCUAUUUUUCACUUGCACUCAGUAUUCCAAUCUUCCUAAACUGUACAAUUUUACCAGAUUUUGAUUGGGGUUCUAAAAUUGUCAACAUGGAGGUAUUAAGAGGCAUUUAUAGUGGUAAUUUGGCUUCUUUGAUGUUGGCUAUACCUGUCCAAUUUGGUGUUGGCAAAAGAUUUUACGUGUCAGCCUACAAAGCUUUAAAACAUAAAAAUUUUAACAUGGACGUAUUGGUCACAAUUAGCAUAACAAUUUCUUUUUGGUACAGUUGUUUCACCAUGCUCUAUUCGAUUUAUAAUCCUUUAACCUAUAAGCCAUCAGUAUUUUUCGAUACUUCGUCAAUGUUGAUCACUUUUGUUACUUUGGGAAGAUACUUGGAAAGUUUGGCGAAAAGUAAAACCGUCACAACAUUAUCAAAACUUUUGUCUUUCACGCCGGAAUUUACCACACUGGUUACCAAAUGUAUUAGAACAAAAGAAACAAAAGAAUUGUCUUGUGAAUAUGUAGAAAAGACCAUCUCGACAGAAUUGAUUCAAUUGGGAGAUAUUUUAAGAAUAAAGCCAAAUGAUAAGAUUCCUGCUGAUGGCAUAAUUAUAACCGGUAAAUCGACUGUCGAUGAGUCUAUGGUGACAGGCGAAUCAUAUCCGACUAGAAAGGAAAAAAACGACUUAGUCUUGUGUGGUACAUUGAAUGGGCUUGGUAUGUUCGAAAUGAAAGUUACAAGAGUCGGUAAUAAUUGCACACUAUCACAAAUCAUUAAAUUGAUCGAGGAGGCUCAAAUAACCAAAGCUCCAAUUCAAAAUUUUGUUGACAAGUUAUCCGUAUUCAUAAUACCGUUGAUGAUCGUAUUAGGAAUCUUGACGUUCUUGGUUUGGAUUAUUUUGGCUAAUACUUUGCCAGAAGCUCAAUUGCCAAAACUAUUUUCCAGCGAGCAUAGUUAUUUUAUGACAAGUUUAAAAUUAAGUAUUUCAGUUAUAAUUGUGGCAUGUCCAUGUUCCCUAAGUCUGAUCGCUCCUACUGCUGUAAUGGUUGGGACAGGUAUCGGCGUUGAAAAUGGCAUUUUGAUUAAAGGUGGAGCAAAUUCAAUAGAAGUUGGCUAUAAAGUAAAUAAGGUUGUCUUCACUAAAACAGGAAUUCUUACUAAAGGACAAUUCGAAGUGAAAAAUUUUGAAAUAUUUACUAAUGAUUUGAACAUAGAAUUAUUUUUCACCUUGGUUAGAUUGGCCGAAUCAGCUGCUUCAUCUUCUUCAGAUCAUCCGUUAGGAAAGGCACUUGUGAAAUACAGCGAGCAAUUACUGUUUAAUCGUGAUAAUAUAAAUGAUGGCGAUGUUGUAAUUUCAAAUUAUGAAUAUCAUAACGAAUUAGGAUUAAGUUGUGACAUUUUAUUUACUCAGACAUCCACAACUUAUAACGUUGCAAUUGGCAAUCUGAAAUUCCUGACUCAACUUGAACAAAUUCAAAUUCCAGACUCUAUUAUUUCCACCAAAGAACGUGAAGAAACACUGGGCCAUACAUCGAUAUUGGUGUCAAUCAAUAAAUCGUUUUCAGGCAUAAUUUUCUUGUCGGAUAAACUUAAACAUGAGGCGAAAUUGGUUAUACAUGCAUUGCAUGAUAUGGGAAUAUCAGUUAUAAUGGUAACAGGUGACCAGCCAUCAACAGCCCAAGCGAUUGGUAAUCAAUGUGGAAUAGAUGAGAUUUAUUCAAAUCUUACAUUGAAAGAAAAAACUAAAAUCAUUCAAGAAUUACAAUUUAAUCAAGGAUUUCAAAGCGUUGUUGCCGUAGUAGGCGAUAAUAGAUUUGAAGAUUCUCCAUUAUUAGCAAUAUCUGAUUUAAUGGCUUCGAUAGAUUUAAUGAGAAUAGUGUUUAAUAGAAUUCGAUUAAAUUUUAUUUGGUCAAUGAUGUACAAUGUAUUGUGUAUACCAUUAGCGAUGGGUAUAUUUUUACCAUUUGGUGGAUAUUAUCUACAUCCAAUGACAUCAGGUUUUAUAAUGGCGUUAUCAAGCGUUUGUGUUAUUUGUUCAAGUUUAUUAUUGAAAUUUUGGUCGAAACCAGUGUGGAUUGAGGUGAACAAUGGCGUUAAGAAAAUUUCAAAUAAUUCUUGCGAUUUGUUUUCUAUAGUUUACGAUUUUAUUAAACAAGGUCCAUUAAAAUCACGCACUUACGGUGAUUAUAGAAAACUGAAUAGUAACGGUGGAGAUGAAGAAAUAGAUUAUUGUUGA